AUGGUAAAAAACCUAAAACUUUAUUGUGAAACAAGUAAGAUUUUUUUAUUCAAUAUAACUCCAAUAACAUUCACAAUUGAUUUAAGCGAUGAUGCCUGUGUUCUUCAUUUGACUUAAUUCGCAAGUUAUUUUUAUAAAUUAAAUCCAAAUAAACCUAAAAGUAAUACUUAGAAAUUAAUAAAGGAACUAAUAAAUAAUUUGAAAUCAAUUUAUUAUUCAGUAAACUCUGAUUAUAAAAAGUUAAAAAGUAACUUUUUUUCAAAACCUAAAAUGCAUAAUUCUUUUAUUGAUUGCUUGUAGGAAAAUAACUAUAUUUGGUUACUUAAACCUACUGUUUAUAAUAGGGGAAGAGGUAUUGAGCUUUUUAAUAAUCUUGAUUAGUUUUAGAAAUUUAUUAAAGAAUACUCAGAUGGGAUUUUCGAUAAAAAUUUACUUCUGUAAAAUCAUAUUAAUAAAAAUAAUUAAAAUAAUAUUAACAAUAAUAAUAAAUCUUUUAAAUCUUAUUAGUUACUCAAGUCUUCUACUUUUGUUAUUUAGAAAUAUAUAGAAAAACCUUUACUUAUUUUUGGAAGAAAGUUUGAUAUUAGGAUUUUUGUGUUUGUCAAUUAUAAUAUGGAUUGUUAUAUUUAUAAAUGUGGAUAUAUAAGAACAGCUAGUUAGUUAUUUAAAAUUGGAGAUUUUUAAAAUUAAUUUAUCCAUUUAACUAAUAAUGCGGUUUAAAAAUAUGCCUAAAACUAUGGAUAGUUUGAAGAUGGAAAUAUUCUUUCAUUGGAAUAAUUACAAAGUUAAAUGAAUUAGUAUCCAGCCUUUGAUUUUUAUGGAAAAAUUUGGCCAAAAAUAAAGGAUAUUUGUUUAAUGACAUUAUAAAGUGUAAAAAAAAAAAUUAAUUCGGAUGAUAGAAAACAUUGUUUUGAAUUAUUUGGGUAUGAUUUCUUUAUUGAUGAGGAUUUUAAAGUAUGGCUUAUUGAAAUUAAUUCAAAUCCAUGUUUAGAAGAAUCAAAUUUCUAUCUAUCAUAACUUAUGCCUAGGAUGAUUGAUGACAUGUUCAAGAUAUCUUUAGAUUAACUUUUUACUAAACCUAAUGGGUAUGCUAAUAAAAUUUAGUAGAAAUUUACUAUUGAUGGAUAGAAUGAUGAUGAAAAUUUAUGGCAGUUUAUGAUUAAUCUAUCUUUAAAUAAUAAUAACAAAUAAAAUUGA